AUGUUAACAUCAAUAAAUAAGAUUAAUAAAUCAAUCAUUAUAAAUAGCAUUAGCAAAAAUGUUAACAAUAUAGCAUCUUACUCAACAGCACCAAAACAACAAAAAAAAUCAAGAAGAAACAAGGGCGAAGAAGAAGAAGGUGGUAAUGACAAUAUUUCAAAAUACGAUAUUAAAGUAUCAAAAGGUUCAUAUCAAAAAAUUAUUUCAGGUUUUACACAAAAAUUUAGACGUCCAGAUCAAAUCAACACUAAAAGAUCAGAAGAAGAAGUUAAAUUAAGAAAAAUCAUUUACGAAUAUGAAAAAUACUCUAAAGAUAUUUCAAAAAGAAGAGAUCAAGAAGAAGUUGAAAAAUUAAGAUACCAAUUUGAUGCUGUUAUGGAAUUACCAGAAGAUCUUAGAAAAAUCGCUUUAUUAGUCGAUACCCGUGACGAACAACCUGAAUUAAUCCAAUUUUUAACUGAUACUCCACCAACCAAAACAAAUCCAAAAGAAAACAUACAAUUAAAGAAAAAAGACCCAACCAUCAAAUCUUCAAAGAAAUUAUUUUUAAAUAAUUCAAAUUAA